AUGCUCUCUCGCUCCCAACGCUCUCUCACUCCCAACGCUCUCUCACUCCCAACGCUCUCUCACUCCCAACGCUCUCUCACUCCCAACGCUCUCACUCCCAACGCUCUCUCACUCCCAACGCUCUCUCACUCCCAACGCUCUCUCACUCCCAAUGCUUUCUCACUCCCAACGCUCUCUCACUCCCAACGCUCUCUCACUCCCAACGCUCUCUCACUCCCGACGCUCUCUCACUCCCGACGCUCUCUCACUCCCGACGCUCUCUCACUCCUAACGCUCUCUCACUCCCAACGCUCUCUCACUCCCGACGCUCUCUCACUCCCAACGCUUUCUCACUCCCAACGCUCUCUCACUCCCAACGCUUUCUCACUCCCAACGCUCUCUCACUCCCAACGCUCUCUCACUCCCAACACUCUCUCACUCCCAACGCUCUCUCACUCCCAACUCUCUCUCACUCCCAACGCUCUCUCACUCCCAACGCUCUCUCACUCCCAACGCUCUCUCACUCCCAACGCUCUCUCACUCCCUACGCUCUCUCACUCCCAACCCUCUCUCACUCCCUACGCUCUCUCACUCCCAACGCUCUCUCACUCCCUACAUCCUCCUGGGUUCCUACCUACAUCCUCAAUCUUUCCCCCUCUCUGCCUCUCUCGUCAAAUCCCUCUAAGCACAUCCCCUCCUUUCCCACUCGCCCCCUCCCUCCUUUCCCUCUCAGCCCCUCUCCACCCCCUUCCUCAGCCCCUCUACCCCUUUCCCUCUCAGCUCCUCUCAUCCUUUCCCUCUCAGCCCCUCUUCCCCUUGUCCCUCCUUCCCUUUCCCCCUGUCCUUCCCUCCGUUUUGCCCCUUGUUCCUCCCUACCGUUCCCCCUGUCCUUCCCUCCGUUUUUCCCCUUGUUCCUCCCUCCCAUUCCCCCAUGUCCUUCCUUCCGUUUCCCCCCUUGUCCUCCCUUCUCACUCCAGGUUCUUCUCAAGUUGCGCCCCCGACUUACAACUCACAAAAUGCAUGUGCACCACCACCACGCACCUUUCGCGGUUAUAA